AUGUCUGAAUUUACACCUAUUAAUCCUAAACCAUAUUUACGUGAAUUAGCACAAAAACCUAUUGUUGUCACAUUAAAAUUCAAUAAGACACAAUAUAAGGGAACACUAGUAUCGACAGAUAAUUAUUUUAAUAUUCAAUUAAGUGAUGCAGAAGAAGUAGUGAAUGGAGAAUCUAAGGGUAAGAUAGGUGAUAUAUUCAUUAGAUGUAAUAAUGUUCUUUAUAUUGGUGAGGACUUAGAAAAGAAGAAGAAAGCUAUUGUUGUACCGGAGGAACAAGAGAAAGUAGAACCCACUAUAGCCCAGUCAUGA